AUGAUAUUGCCGCAUAUAUCAAUACGGAUGAUCUCUGCGAAACACUCAAGACGUUGGUCCAGACCAGAUCAGCAUUGCAAGAUGCGGGUUUCCUGGGGCCUUCUGGCCUUCCCGGCCGCGGCAUCGGCGAUCGAGAACGGUAUCAACGGCUGGCUACGAUAUGCGCCCCUUCCCAACGAUCAGCGCCCCCCGAACCUGCGAUUACCGGGUGCAAUCAUGGCUUUGAGCACCAACAAGACCAGCCCCGUUUAUACCGCAGGCCAGGAGCUACAAGCAGGCAUCAAAAGCAUCCUCAACCAGACUCUUCCCCUUUAUCACGAACCCGACAAAUGGUUAGGGUCAACCAUCUUGGUCGCUACAACCGGACAAUCUCACGGCGUGAAACCUGCUACAACUCUGGCUGAUGAUGGCUAUCUCCUUCGCGUGAGACCAGGAAAUGUGGUGAUUCUGGGUCAGACGGAGCGAGGUGCCUUGUACGGAGCCUUCGACUAUCUCUCGAGAAUCGCCCAAGGAAGAUUCUCUGAUGCCGACCUGAUUGCAAACCCAGACGCCCCCAUUCGAUGGGUGAAUCAGUGGGACAACAUGGACGGCAGCAUUGAGCGCGGUUAUGCGGGCGCUUCCAUCUUCUUCCGCAACAACACCAUUCCCAAGGACCUCAACAGGGUUUCCCAAUAUGCUCGGCUACUCGCUUCCAUCGGCAUCAAUGGCAUCGUUGUUAACAACGUCAACGCCAAUGCGAACUUGCUCACCGAUGCUAACAUUGAUGGACUGGGCCGUAUAGCAGAUGCAAUGCGCCCAUACGGUGUACAGAUUGGCAUAUCGCUAAACUUUGCAUCGCCCCAGACUCUGGGAGGACUGUCAACGUUCGAUCCCCUCGAUCAAUCUGUGAUUUCCUGGUGGACCGACAAGACGAACCGCCUCUACAAGCGCAUUCCAGACAUGGCAGGCUACCUGGUCAAGGCCAACUCGGAAGGGCAAGCGGGACCAUUGACCUACAAUCGCACGCUUGCAGACGGUGCAAAUUUGUUCGCUAAAGCCGUGCAGCCACACGGCGGCAUUGUUAUGUUUCGAGCCUUUGUUUAUGACAAUCACAUCAACCCAGCGGACCUCAAAGCGGACCGCGCCAAUCAUGCAGUUGAGUUCUUCAAGGGUCUUGACGGCCAGUUUUUGGACAACGUUGUUGUGCAGAUCAAGUACGGACCCAUUGACUUUCAAGUUCGAGAGCCAGCGUCGCCUUUGUUCGCCAAUAUACCUCAGACAAACACCGCGAUAGAACUUCAAAUCACUCAAGAAUAUCUGGGUCAGCAGAGCCACCUGGUAUAUGUUGCACCAUUGUGGAAGACGAUCCUGGAUUUCGAUCUUCGGGCUGGCGAUCAACCGUCACUUGUCCGUGAUGUCGUUGCCGGCCGUCGGUUCAGCAACAAGCGUGGUGGCUACGCUGGUGUCGUCAAUGUUGGAACUAACACCACAUGGCUAGGGAGCCAUUUGGCUAUGUCGAACUUGUAUGCCUACGGCCGUCUGGCUUGGAAUCCCUCUCAAGACCCGCAAGCUCUACUCGAAGACUGGACGCGACUCACAUUUGGCUCAGACCCUCUUGUACUUGGAGUAGUGACGGAGAUAUCCAUGGCGUCAUGGCCAGCUUACGAAAAUUACACUGGCAACCUUGGUAUCCAGACACUGACCGAUAUCUUGUACACCCAUUACGGUCCGAACCCUGCGUCCCAGGACAACAACGGCUGGGGACAGUGGACGCGUGCAGACCAUGACGGGAUCGGCAUGGACAGAACGGUUUCCACGGGCACCGGCUUCUCCGGCCAGUAUCCCGCCAAAGUAGCCGAGAAGUUCGAGAGCAUCGAGACCACUCCGGACGACCUCCUCCUCUGGUUCCAUCACGUAAACUACACGCACGUUCUCAAGACCAGCAAGUCAGUGAUACAGCAUUUUUACGAUGCUCACUACGCCGGUGCCGAAACAGCACAGACAUUCCCCAUCGCAUGGGAAUCACUUCGGAACAAGGUUGAUACCGAGCGCUUCAAUGACGUUCUCUUCCGCCUUCGCUACCAGGCCGGUCACUCCAUAGUCUGGCGCGAUUCCAUCUGUCAAUUCUACUAUAAUCUCUCCGGCAUCCCAGAUGGCACCGGCCGCGUGGGGAGACAUGAGUACAGGAUCGAGGUUGAGACCAUGGAACUGAAGAACUACAAGCUUACCGGGGUCAACCCACUUGAGACAGCUUCGAAUCUAACUGCUGUGGUUCUCGUUUCCGACCACACAUCGGGAGAGGCGACUACGAAACUCAACUUUGACUCGGGCAACUAUGAUGUCGCGAUCAACUACUUUGACUUGAUCGGGGGUAAGGCGCACUACAAGGCGUUCCUCAACGGGAAGUUGUUGCUGGAAUGGGUUGGAGAUCUGGAAGACAAACUAGGCCAUACUUUCUCUACAAAGCUUGAUGGACACUCGGCUACGAGGGUUACGAUUCGUGACGUCCAAAUCCAGAAAGGGGAUGUGUUGAAGAUUACGGGAGUGGCUGACGGAAACGAGCUGGCACCGUUGGAUUAUAUUGCUGUCUUGCCGCAAGGUGUUGUUGACUAA